UACAGCAGUGAGGCGUUGUGUCAUGAUCAAAUAACAAAAGCUCAGCUGCUGCUGUCUGUCACAGUUUCAACAGAAUACAAACGCAAGUUUUACGUGAUGUAUUUAAUUCGUGGCUUCGUCGCAUAAUGUUAAACGAAGCGCUUGCCUCAUUAUUUCAAUCACAGGCGCGCGCAUCUAUUUAUAUAGUUUAUGCAUUCAAGCGUCCUGAGCCAGUUAAAAAUUGUACACGCAAGUACCUUUCUGCCCUCUGCACUAAAUAUAGUAAAGCCGCGGUAGCCAUAGAUGUGAAAGUGAAAGUUAAAAUAUAAUCGUGCGUUGUGCGUGCGUAUGAGUAAGCAGCGUUUUCAUAAUUCCUUUAAUGUAGCCUACCUUAAAGAGUAUUAGCGUAAUCGCACAAAUUUUGACUUUCGAAGAGCUCAUGAUGAAAAACAAGAUGAGAAAUUUCCGUUGGUUUAUGUUGUUGUUCUACGCUAUCAGGACUGAAGGAUUUGCAGUGCGGGGUCCUGCAAUGCCCCUAAUUGUCCAGUUGGGGGCAUCUGUAACGUUACCCUGCUCUGUGGAUACCCCACUACCUCUGCUCGAGCUGGAGGUGCAGUGGAUGAGGGAGGAUUCUGGAUCCCUGGUGCAUCUGUUCCAGGAAGGAGAGAGUAGGCCAGAAUCACAGAGCCCAGCUUACAGCGGCAGGGCCGAUUUUCUCUCUGAAGAAAUCUCCAAAGGAAACUUCUCUCUGCUGCUUAGGAAUGUCACUACUGAAGACAAAGGGCUGUACAAGUGUGUAGUUCACACUGUUCACGAGUCCAAUGAAACAAAGGUGAAAAUAGAUAUUGAACGGCUGGUUGUGACAGGUGCAGACCUGCCGAUCUCUGCAUAUGCAGGUCAGGAUGUGAUUCUGAACUGCUCAGUGGACACCCAUGUUCCUCUCAAAGAGUUAGAAGUAGAGUGGAUAAAGACAAACGGGGAAAUCCUGGUGCUGCUGUUUUCUGAGGGGGAGAACAGACCAGAGUCACAGCAUGAGAGAUUCAGGGGGCGUGCUGAGUUCUUCAGUGAGGAGAUUCCCAAAGGAAACUUCUCUCUGAAACUGAGGGAUGUAAAAACAGAAGACAAAGGAGAAUUCAUGUGCAAAGUCCAUACAGACAGAGAAUCAGUCAAUGCACCGGCAUGGCUACAAGGACUGGGUAAGUAACAUGACCUCACACAAAUUCACUCCAAAAUGUACCAGAAAAGGGGAAAACACAGAGAGUUUAGUGUUUUAAUUGUGAAAUAUGGCUUUUUUUAAAUGACAUGUUAAUGUUGUGCAAGACAACAUUUUGUCAUCAAGUAUGUUUUGUCAUUAUUGUCUCACAUUCAGAUAUUAAUUAUUAAAAUAGCUGAGUCAAGCG